UAUUUUUACUUCAGCAAAUUUACCUGCUCAUAGCCACCAUCUGAGAGACAACAGCAGAGUCAGGCUCCAGUUGUUACCGUCGGUUUGAGUCUAACAGCUCUGUUUAUAAGACCCGAUAAUAUUUUUUAUAUUUAUUAUUCAUACUAAAAUGCGCGGGUGUAAUUUAAAUGGAUUUUAUUUUAUAAAAUUAUCAAUUUAUAUUUUUUUUUAUUAUUUAUGUUGUGUGCAAAGUGAUCCAAUUACGGCAACCGAAAGUAAUAAUUGUCAUGCAAUUAACAGAGAAAACACAUUAACACAGCGAGAAUUACUUCAGGAAUUGACAAAUGAUUGUCGGUACGAUAAGAUGGUAAGACCACCUGGUGAAAUCAAUGCAAGUGACCCAAUUAAAGUUGCCUGCAGGGCAAACAUAUAUACAAUAAAGUCAAAUAUGGCCAAGACACUACAAUUUGACGUCCACAUGAUGCUCCAAUUUCGUUACCGCGACUCAAGACUAAGAUAUUCUGAGGUAGCGCCGCAGUACACUCAUAUUUUCGGGGGUCAGUCAGCUCAUAAUUUAAUAUGGACACCAACGGUAUUUGUCUCCAAUGAAAGAACUUCCGUCAUAAUGGGAAACGGCGUCAAAGAUUUGCUGAUAUCAAUCGACCCGACUGGUGUGGUCAUCUUAAACACCAGACUCGAGGCCACCUUGAACUGUGCUCUUCGCCUGGAAAAAUUUCCCUUUGACGUACAAGAAUGCCCGCUGAUAUUUGAAAGCUGGACUCACAGUGCGCAAGAUAUGAAAUUAUACUGGGAUGAAUCACCGAUCGUGUUAGCGAAAGAGUUGCAUUUAACAGAGUAUCGACUGGUUGAGAAAUGGGUUAACGAGACUGAGGUCUCUUACACUGCGGCACAGCAACAUUAUGGUCACUUUGCUGGUAACUUUAGUUCGAUUAGCAUCACGUUUAAGCUCGCACGUGAAAUGGGAUUUUUUGUUAUGGACUAUUAUAUACCAUCAGUAUUGAUUGUCGUGGUGUCAUGGGUGUCAUUCUGGCUUCACGUUGACGCGAGCCCGCCGAGAAUCGUUCUAGGAACUAACACAAUAUUAGCAUUCAUGACACUUGCGUCUAAAAUCGAAAAUUCAUUGCCUAAAGUUUCCUACAUAAAAGCCAGCGAAAUUUGGUUUCUUGGUUGUACAAUUUUUCUUUUUGCAGCAAUGGUAGAGUUUGCCUUCGUCAAUACAAUUUACCGGAGAAAGAAAACAGUUCAAUUGAAAAAAGUUAACAGUAAAUAUAUUUUGAAAUCAACACUGACCCCGCGCUUGGCGCGAAAACAAUUUCAAAAAAAUACAACCAAUCUUGAACGGUCGCGGUCUUGGUCUUCUCUGGAUAACAGCCGCUUAAAUGGCAGUGAUUACUCCAGUCAAAAUUAUUUAACAGUCCACGGUUUUCCUAGUACAAUCAAUAUACCGUCAGUGAGAAUAGAAGACGAGAGAGAUCGUGACUUUUCAAGCGGCAGUAUAAUGACAAUUGAGAGUUCACCGUCUCCUCCACCAAAAUCAUUUCCACGGCGACCAACUCUCGCGAAAUUGAACACCUUUACAACAAUGACACCACAGGAAAUAGCUCAGUGGAUCGACCGGCGGAGCAGAAUUAUGGUUAUGGUGGAUGAUUUAGAAGUAGAUAAACAAAAACGUAACUCACCAAAGCAAUAUCUGUACGACUUAGUACUGGGUGAAGAUUCAUCGCAAGAAGCAGUUUACGAAGGAACAACUAAAUCACUUGUACAAGAUAUAAUCGACGGAUAUAAUGCAACUGUUUUUGCAUAUGGUGCCACUGGGGCAGGUAAAACACACACGAUGGUCGGCAGUGCUGAGGAACCUGGUGUUAUGGUACGGGCCUUGAAUGACAUUUUUUUAGCGGCACGUAGACUUUCAAACGACGUCGACGUUGAGGUAGCAAUGUCAUAUCUCGAGAUAUAUAAUGAAAAUAUUCGCGACCUGUUGAAUCCAAAUACUGGUUACUUGGAGUUGCGUGACGACUCGCGAGGUCGCAAUAUACAAAUCACUGGGCUUACUGAAGUUUCGAUAAAUUCUACGGAAGAGGUAAUGAAAUUAUUACACCAAGGCAAUAAAGCCCGGACUGUCGAGCCGACAGCUGCUAAUGAAACGUCAUCUCGUAGUCAUGCUUUGCUGAAUGUCGUUGUGAAGCAAACAACGAGGCCACCGUCUGGUCGUGACCUUCGACAUCGGGCACGUGUUAAGCAGGGUAAACUUUUUAUGAUUGAUCUUGCGGGUUCUGAAAGAGCGAAGCAAACAAAGAAUCAAGGAAAACGUCUUCAAGAAGGCGCGCAUAUUAACAGAUCACUACUCGCACUUGGUAAUUGCAUAACGGCAUUGUCUGGCGGCGCACGUUACGUCAAUUAUCGGGAUUCAAAGCUCACGAGACUGCUGAAGGAUGCACUUGGUGGGAAUUGCCGGACUGUGAUGAUCGCUCACGUUUCACCUUCGGCUUUUCAUCGUGAAGAAAGCAAAAACACACUAAUGUAUGCAGAUCGCGCUAAUCGUAUCACUAAUAAAGUCGAACAGAAUAUCGUUGAUGUGAAUUAUCAUGUGACGCAGUACCGCGAUAUUAUAAGCGAUUUAAAAAAUGAAAUAUCUAGAUUGAGAACUAAAAUGCAUGAUACCGAAAGACCGGAUACGCAGGAAAGAAUUUCAUUGGCUAAAGGAAAUGAUCUGAGAAGUUUGCGUGAAAAAAUAGUGUCAGCAUUUAAAGAACAAAUGCGACUUAGGCGUAAACUUAUGGAAUUAGAUAGUCAUCUACUGGGUCUUAAUAUAGCCGCUGAACAGCAGCAUGCAAUUAUUUCACACUGGGAGUCGAGAAAUAAUAAACUUUACAAAGCUACCAAAGAAAAUACUAGACGAAGAUCUAGCGCUGAUAGUCAGAUUGAUGAAACUGAAAAUGAAGAUUUAAUUGAAGAAUAUGAAGUUGAUGAUAUCACUGUACAGCAGGCAUGGACAGAAUUAUCAGAAAUAAAUAAAGAGCAAGAACGUUACACUGAAAUACGAGCGAUAACUGAGCGGGAAUUAGAAACUUGUCGGCAGCGAAGUUCAUCCCUUGAAGAUGAAUUGCCGGCGAGAAUAAAUUCUGAGGAAGAACGUGAACUGUUGGCACUGAUGCUACGCGUCCAUGAAUUGGAAGCAGACAAAAUGAUGUUGCAAAGUGAAAGAUUAGUCAAACAGCAUGAACUUAGAAGACGAGAACUUCUGCUACUUAGAUAUGAUCGUCAGCGUCAGAUUUCUGAUGAAAUUAUAACGCGGCAGCGCAGAAUUAUGGAAGAUGGAAAACUGGCUCUUCCGUCAGAUUUACAAGAGUUGUAUAUAAUGUACCAACAAGAAAUUCAUGCCGCUGCUUACAACGAUAGCAAUUUAGUUGAUUUAUCAGUAUCUUCCAUGCUAUUUAAUAACCGUCUGCCACCAAUAAAUCGUGGAAUUCAUUUUGAAAGUCUUGAUGACACAAGAUUACCCAGCAGCUCAACAGAUUCUGAUUGGGAGUCUCCGUUACCUCCAAUACCAGAGCCACAGGAAAUUGAAAACGUAAUGGGUCCAGUUGUUCGUCCAUUAGUAUCUCCAUCAGUUUUUUUCCCGCCAAUAUCCAGCUCUAAAAGAAAAAAUCAGGACAAUAAAUUGCGUAGAGUUGCAAGUGAUAAUAAUGUAAAUUCACCAAAAAAUUUACGGGAUUCACGACUAAAAGCAUAAGCUCUUCGCAUCGUUAAUCGUUAAUUUAAAAUAAAUAAAUAAAAUUAGCAGUAACGAGCUACUAGUACCUGAAAAUAUAAUAAUAAUUAAAAUAAUAAUGAUUACUGCUA